UCUCCCGGCUCCUCCGCUCCGGACUCGGCUUCCCCGCUCGGCCCCGACCCGCCGUCCCCGGCGCCCCCUCGGCUGCAGCCAUGAUCUCCCUGACGGACACGCAGAAAAUUGGAAUGGGAUUAACAGGAUUUGGAGUGUUUUUCCUGUUCUUUGGGAUGAUUCUCUUUUUUGACAAAGCACUACUGGCUAUUGGAAAUGUUUUGUUUGUGGCUGGCCUCGCUUUCGUAAUUGGUUUAGAAAGGACUUUCAGAUUCUUCUUCCAGAAGCAUAAAAUGAAAGCAACUGGGUUUUUCCUGGGAGGCGUGUUUGUCGUCCUGGUCGGUUGGCCAUUGAUAGGCAUGAUCUUUGAAAUUUAUGGAUUCUUCCUCCUGUUCAGGGGCUUCUUCCCUGUGGUCGUCGGCUUUAUCAGGAGAGUGCCAGUCCUGGGAUCGCUCUUGAACUUACCUGGAAUUAGAUCAUUCGUAGAUAAAGUUGGAGAAAGCAACACUAUGGUAUAACAACCGUGACUAGAGGACUCAUUUAAAACAUUGUGUUAUUUAUGAAAUCUUUUGAAGAAUACUCAGCACAAAAUUAAAUCACAUGAAAUAGCUUGUAAUGUGCUUUACGGAAGUUUAAAGACGUGUAGCGUACAAAGUACCAAGAGCAGUUAACCAAGAACCAGUGAGAACGGGAUUCUAAUCAAGUCAUCCAUGAAGAAGCAAGAAAAUGAAGGCAUGUGUCCCGACGCAUGUGGGAACUCUCAAAGGUGACUCUGGUUUCCAUCAUGUGCCCGGCACGGCCAUCCCUACAGAAAGGUGGUGGCUGUUUCUUUGCGUUCCUGCUGGAAAGGGCAGCAGUGCCCAGAGACGUGCUUUUUAAAGGUGCCCACUGUGCUGACAGAAGUGUGCCCGGUUGCGCUGUGUCGCUGCGACUGAUGCAUGAGUUGGAUUGGAUUUGUCACCUCCGUGGAUUCCAGCCAAGGAAAACCCAGUAUUGAUGUCUGAAUCACAACCACCUCCCUCCUCCCGCCCCUUUGGGUAGACAUAAGGUUUAAAAUGAAAUUUUUGUAGUUCUUUUGAAUUAGUAUUUUAAAACCAGGUGAAAAUCUGAACUGCAUAGUCUGUUGGAAUAUGCGAAGGUCGUUCUUGACCAGUGCGUAAGUUCGGGAUUAGAGCUGUCCCCCUCGCUGAGUCAGCCGCGUGCCCUCGAGACACACACCCCCACUGGGAGCCUGACCUAACUGUCUGCAUCAUUCGUUACCCGGAAGCAUUUAACAAAAGCAUUCUUGGCCAUGACAUAGUCUGUUACAUAGCUUGUUUUGUAGUCUUUUGUUUAAAAUAUUAAACAAUGCAAACCAAAAGAAUUUUUUUUAAUGCCAUGAUGUUUUCCCUUUUUAUUUUAUUUUUUUUAUUUCAGCUUUUUUUUUCUUUCCAUAACUUAUCUGUUGGUAAGAUUUACUUUCAAGGUGUGAUAUGUGAAAAGUUUAAGUUGAUAGCUUUUUGUGAGGGCUAUUCAUGUAAACGGACUUUUCCCUCAUUUUCCGCCUUUUCAUCAAAAAUCAGCAUGCAAUGGCCAUUUGCAUUCUCUGGUCACUCUUCAUUUUGGGUUCCUAGUGAAAACACCUGAGUCUCGAUGCUAAAGUUAUUUUGCUGUAAUAAAACUAAUGGUAGUUUCUUGAAAACAAAACACUAAAAUAAAGGUGAUGUGGUGUGUGCUUUAUUUUUCUACCAUCGCUGCCUGCCAAGUAGUAAGAAUCAACAAUUGUUUCUCCAUCCAUUUGUAUUCUGAGAUGGCAGCUUUUGUGAUAGACAUUGGAAGACAUUUCACCGGCCAUAGUACUGUUUGUCUUACCACUAACAAUUGCGUUAUUUACUUUAAAGAAAAAAAAGGAAAAAAAAUUAAGAAAAAAAAAACCUGUUGCACGGCUUUUUAAUAUACAAAAUCAUCAUUUGAAAUUUGUGAUUUUUAUUUACAGACACAAAUAAAAAUAGGUCCCAACUUGGGUUAUUAAGUUAAAUCUCUUUGUUUGCAGAGAACUCCCAAACUUGCUCAUCUGAAGAAGCAAAGACGGUCUGUAGCUAAUGGUUCAGUCUUGUGGGUCACGAUUUUGUUCUUUAUUUGGGGGGAGGGGGGCAGGGGGUGCUUUUUGGUACUAGCAUUUGACUUAUAAUCUGUGAAAAUAGACGAUAUUGACUAAAUGAGACUCCUACCUCAAUAGUUCAUGGAAUCACAAGAGACCUAUUGUUGUGUCUAGUGUUCUUCAAAAAAGUAAUAUCCUCACUUAGAGAGUGUCAAGUAUAUAUAUAUAUAUAUAUAUAUUUGAGGGGUUGACUGUACCAGUUGCCCUGUAGAACUCUGUUACAUAUAUUUUUGACCAACCCAUCUUAUUUACAGUAGCUAGGCAACUCUACCUUUUUAGAGCAAGAAUAAUACCUGUUCGUAUAAGGAACAUCUGUAUUCUUUAACUCUUUUGUAGACGUGACUUUCUAUCAAAAUGUUCUUUGCACUCUUAACAGAGAUCUCUUUUCCAGUUUUAUUUUAGAAGCCGUUAUUAGAAGCAUGUCAAAGGGUUCCGUAACCUCCCGGUCCUUGUAAGCUAAGAGGCUAAGCAGUUUUUAGUUUGAAGCGAGUGCCCAGUUAGUCUCCAAUGUGAACUGGCGACUGUGUGUCAGCAUCGCAUAAUUCUUACUCAGAACCAUUGAUCGUGCUGUGUUUCGGCCAACUAGUCUUCUGACAGAAAGCACUGCACAUCUGUAGUUUCGUCCUUUCAAGAACGAGCCUUCUGUCUUUGUGACAAAAUGUACUCUAAUUAUUGCUGUAAAGAUGGAGGGUAAGGUCUGAUACUCCUAGCCUUAAGUGUUUCUGGCAUUGUUCAAAUGUAUUUUCUGAAAUAGAAACCGAUUUGGAAUUUUUUUUUCUCCUUAUAAAAUCAUAAUUUCCAGGAAACUGCUGCUUUAAAAAAAAAGUCUCACAGAUUAUAUGAUCUAACAAAUUGAAUAUUGUAAAUACACUUGUCUUCUCAAUAAAAGGGUACUUUUCUAUGUA